UUUUGAGUAGUAAGAAAUUAGAGAAAGGAUGACUUUAGGUCUUUGGUAGUGUGUUAAAGGUGGUCUAAAUUGUAAUGUUUUGAUAUCUUUUCAGUUGUCUUUCACCCCCAUGGGAUGGUAUCUCUUGAGUUCUCUCAUAAAGAAAUAUUUGUUUCAAUUUCAAAUGCCUUUAACUCAGUUCUUCUCAACUCAUCCUAUUUUGGAAGAAAUUUAUGAGAUCUAUUUUUCAGAUUUUUCACUAAUUUCAAAAGUAAAAAUCCAAUAAAUUUCCAUUUAAUUCUGAAACUGGAAGGAUUUUCGAUGGUGUAUUUCAGAUAACAGAUUUGAAAAGAUACAAUAUUUAAGAACUUAACUGCACAUAUAAUAUGUCUGAAUAUUCUUAAAACCAAAAACACCUUAAAAUUGUUUUCCCAAACUAAUAAUAACAAAAUGUAGAAAAAUUAGAAAUCUGCAAUAAAAAUUUAGUGAAAACAAGUCCUAUACUCAAUUUCCAUCUCUAAACCUCCAAAAAAUACCCAAAACCCUCUUCAAGCCCUCUAAAAUGCCAAAAUCCCCAUUCCAUUCUUCUACACUCCCCAAACCCCAAACUUAUAACCCACAGCUCUCGAAUCAAAGCUAGACCACACAACCACAAACCCUCUGCUUAGGCUUGACCAAGCUCCAUUCAAAAACUUCAGUUUCACUACAAAUAGCCUGAAUUCUUAGGUUUCUCUAGGCUCUGUUCCUAGGAACAGUCUGUUCUUCCCUCCUGAGUUACAGGUCCAUAGCUGGAAUUAAUUUUUUUCGAGAAUUUAGCUUUAAUGAAGGAACAAGCUAAGAUUUUCAAAGGAAUUACAGCCUUGUGAGAUUAAUUUCAGCUGGAAAUUAGAUGGGGUAAAGGAGGAAGUGGGGAUCUGGGGAAGGAUGCUAUGAAUAAUUUCUGAAAUUUCA